AUGUUAAGACAUUUAAAUAAAACUUGUGAAAAAAUUAGAGAAGAAGUUCAGAAUACCUUAAGUAAUAUUAAAAUAGCUCGUCAUUCAAAGAAGCGUCAAAAUGCUAGUUCACUAAAACAAAGUAAAAAUAAAAGUAUUUGGAUUAAUACAAGUUCAAGUGAAAAAGAUAAUGACAUUCAUCAAUCCAGUGCAAAUACUUCAAAAUAUAAAGUAGAAAAUAAUAAUUUAAUUCAUUGUCAAUUAUUACAAGCUCUUAUUUCUGCAAAUGUUCUAUUUUCUUUUAUAGAAAAUGAAGAAGUUCGAAAAUUAUUUAAAAUGGUGCAACCUUUAUAUACAUUACCAUCUCGAAGGUGGAUUAGUACUGAGAUUUUGGAUAAAGUAUAUGAUGAAGUAGAAUCUGAAGUUCAAAAGUUUGUUGAUGAUUCUAAAUUUUUAACAUUAUCAGGAGAUGGGUGGACCAACAUUACUAAACAUAGUUUAGUUAAUUUUAUCAUUACAAAUGAAAAACGGCAAAGCCAAAUUUGA